AUGACUUAUCAGGAUCAACCAACUCGAACCCUGCACCUCGUGGGUAUUGGGGUUGGCCACUCAAUUGCCCCGCCCAUGCACAAUCACAUUGCCCAGUCUCUAGGCUUACCAUGGACUUUCUACGCUACGGAAUGCACCUCUCUUGAUGAUCUUGUCAAGCUUGCCAGAGAGGACACCACAGCUGGCCUGGUCGUUACCAUGCCUUACAAAAACGCGAUUCUCCCUCGCCUUGAUGCACUGGACGAGCUUACUCAGACUAUUGGCGCAUGCAACAAUGUCUAUCGCGAUUGGGAGAACCCAGAGAAACUCCGUGGGACUAAUACCGAUUGGAUCGGCAUCAAGGGCUGUCUACUUGAGAAGGGCGACCAGGCUGGCCAGCCCGUUCUGAACAAACCAGCCUUGAUUGUGGGCGCAGGAGGGGCCAGUCGAGCUGCCGUCUACGCGCUGAGUUCUCACUUCAAGUCAUCGGUCAUUUAUAUACUGAACCGCGACGAGCAAGAAGUAACCGAUCUUGUGCGAGACUCACAGAAGCUUUCCCCAGUCCCCAAAAUUGUUCAUGUCAAGGAGGGUGAAGCCCAGAACCUCGAGACGCCGCACUACAUUGUUGGCACUGUGCCCGACUUUGAACCCCAAACUCCAGAAGAACUCGCUGUGAGAGCAUCGCUGGAAGAGUUCCUUUCUCGAUCCGAUAAGGGCGUAGUGCUUGACAUGUGUUUCAAGCCGCGACGGACUAGGAUGAUCAAGCUUGCUGAGCAGAAGGGGUGGCCCACGGUUGAAGGAACGCACAUUAUCGGGUAUCAAAUUGAGCAGCAGUGGAAGCUCUGGGCUGGGCCUGAAAGAGUGAAGAGGCUUGACAAAGAGGGUGCUUGGAGGGUUCUGAUGGAUUCAGCAGAGAAGAGCACUGGUAUUAACUUCUAG